AUGGCGAUUUCUAUUACCAUUGAGGAGUGGGAGCGGUGGAGGAACGCAAUCCACACCUUUUACAUCCUUGAUAACCUCCCCUUGCUCGGGCCAUCGGGAGUAAUUGAAACGAUGAAAUUACGGUAUAACUUCCAUGCGAGUAAACGCCAAUACGAAUAUCGAUUACAGCAAUGGGGCUUCGAGAAGAACAUGCCUGGGUGGUAUUACCCCAUCGUCGCGACUAAGCUCGGUAAACGAAAGUUGGCAGGGGAGGAGAGUAACGUGUACUGGAGGGACGAGCUGGUGCCUGCCGCAAAGAUCCGAAAGGAGUCAUCUCGCCAUGGCUACAUGACAACCUUGGAAAGGGUUUACAAGGCUCAAGAAAAUGCUAAUGCAGGACAAUCGCCAAAGACACCGCCUGGUGUCCAGAUCUGCACCGCUCCUCCCUACUUUUCGUAUCGGAAAGUGCUCCAGGAUCUACCUAUCCUUCAAUUGCUGCGAUCUAUGAACUUCAAUUUUAACAGCCCCCUCCCGUUUGAGUCAAGCGUUUCUACACUCAGCCCCAUCCUAUGUGGGCGCAUCAUUAAUGCGGCCAGUGCACUUAUACCAAUCUCAGCGUUUAAUCAAGAACUGCCCGGCUCAAGCAUUACUGUCGAUAACAUACAGCAAAAUACAUCCAUUCAAAUCCUCAAGGCAGUAGCGUAUGCAACUUCAAAUAAUUUCCCGACCAAUUGUAAUCGGACUGAAAUCUAUAAAUUGUUUAAGGGUCUGGGUACGAUCAGCCCAAAAGUUUUCCAAUUGCUUCAGGCUUCAUCAAAUCAAGCACUUCUCCAGGGUCUAUUUCGGCUAUCCAUUGAAGAAGAGGAUGUGUUCUUAGCGAGUACUCUUCUCAAUGCAGGAGCAGAUCCGAACGAGAAUGUCUGCAUGCACGAAGAAUGUCCGAUCCCUCUUAGACCUUUGCAGUACUCGUGUCUUGUCGGCAACUUCGAAUUAGUCAAAGAGCUACUGCGAGUGACAGCACUGAUUGAUCGCUCGGAGUGUGGUUGGUCUUGCAGUCCGGUACUUUUCGCAAUAAACGGUUGUUUCAAAGGGCUCUGGGAAAGUCCCUUAACAGAGGAGGCUGCUGGUCAAUCUGUAGGUACCAGCACCACUGACUCUACGGAUAGCGGCAACGACGACAACGACGACAACGACGAUGUUGUUACUGCCUCCACACCCAACGAUGGAGGAGGAGAAACUCAAGUGCGGGCCUUGAUAAUGCUGAUUCGUGAACUUCUGAACGCUGGUGCGGAUAUCAACGCAAUUGCGGCGGACCUGGACGAUGCAGAGUAUUCAUUGAAAGAAUGGCGCGACGAAGCAGAACUUGACUGGUCGAUGCAUCCUUUGAUAUAUGAGAAGCAUUCAGCACUAACCUUGGGAUCGUCUUUCAGAUGUCCAGAGCUAGUCGACUUCCUCAUCAGCAAUGGCGCCGACGUCGGCUUCCAUAUUAAAGGUAAUCGCUCAGCACUUCGAGAAUGCCUCUGUAACUUAUCAGAGUAUCAUUUGAUCUGGGAGAACAUCUCGCUCCUGCUGGAGGAUCGUUUAGAAGAUCCGGACCAUCCGGGCGACCUUCCCGGGGUCGUUGAGACAGCCAAGAGUCUCAUUAUGGCUCAAGUGGAUGUCAAUGAUCACGAGCCUUGCGAUCUUGGUGCCGAAUGUGACGAGCAUGAUUAUCUUGAAUGCUACUCAGCAUUUGAUCUUGGUAUGCUCACUCAAGAUGAGGACCUGAUUGACGCCCUGUGGACUGCAGGUGCUAAACCAACGAGCCACUCCUUGGACAUUGCCAUCAAAGCAGGAGAUUUUGAUCUAUUCCGUCAACUUUUGGACUCAGAGGCCCUGUUUCCAGAAUGGGCAAUCACGAGUAAAGAAUGGGAGGACACUGAGUUUCGGAGAACGGAAUCUCGAAACGCAACGGAGGUGCAGAAAAGAAGAGCAAUGAUCCUAGUUGCUAUACGACUGGGAGAGUGUGGAAGUCUCGAGCGUCUUAUCCAAUCGCAUGAUUGCUCAAAUAUUGUCAAAGACUGCACGGCCUUGCAAGAAGCAAUUGGAGUGUGCUGCCAGAGAGGCUACCAUGACACGCUUGUGUGCUUGCUCCAAAGCAACAUCUUGCCUCGAGUUUCUGCCGGAACCAUCUUCGGCUCAUCAAUUGCACUUGCACUUAGUCGAGGCGAUCUAGGGAUGGUGGACGUGCUUCUAGCAGCUGGUGCCGACGUAAACAAACCGAUUCAAGACGAGGACGAUAGACGCACAGCACUUGAGAUCGGCAUUAAAAACAAAACCACAAAAUAUGUCCAAAAGUUGCUUGACCAUGGAGCAAACAUUGAAAGCCCAACUGAAGGGAAUCUUCUCGUCAAAGCAAUUGAUUGUGGAGAUCACGAUAUGACCCAGCUUCUUAUGGCGUAUGCAACUCCGGACGGCGUGGGAACUUGCAGAUACUGGUUCGCACAUGCAGAGAGCUGUGGUUGGUAUUGUCCGUUGGCAGCUGCUAUUUGCAACAAACAAUGGCCGCUUGUUGACCAACUACUGCAAUACGGACCAUCGCUGAACCCAAAAUGCAGGUCCUCCCGCGUACGGAAGCCAUGCAUGACACCACUCUGGGCUUCUGUAUAUCGGAAAAAUAUGGCUAUUACUCAGUUGCUUCUCCAGAGAGGAGCUGAGGUGAACGAUGAGCUUGCUCUAAUCGCUGCUUCGGAGGACAAAGAUUCGAUGUUUCUAAGGCUUCUUGUGGAGAAAUUGUCAGCCGAUAAGAAUAGUGAAAAAAGUAAUACCUUGCAUGUGGCUCUCCAUAUGGCUAUGAGUCAUGGCCACUUGAACAAUUUCCAUCUUAUCUUACACAGCGGGAUGGUUGACGUACACGCUCUCUCAAACGGCAAGACACUCCUGCAUUUUGCAAUUCACUUUGCUACUGUUCACGGUCAUCAAUUCCUGCGGCGACUCCUUGAAGCUGGGGUGAGCCCCGACUCUAUCACACACGACGACCAGCUUGGUCCGCUCACAGCUCUCUUAGUAGCAAUCGAUAAGGGAGACUCCCAAUGUGUGAGGAUCAUCCUGGAGACGCAAGCGAGGACAAAUAGAGAAUGGCCACCCGAAAUGGCUUGCUCGCCGCUGCAGCUGGCAAGUUUUAAAGGAGACUUAGAAAAAGUACGAAUACUUCUGUGUCAUGGCCAGGAUCCAGAUAUUGUAUCUUCUUGCACAUGGCCCUAUAAGUGGUACUCGAACAGUCUGAAAACACAUCACAGGAUUGGAACCUGUGUGCAGAACGCGACAAUGGAGAAGGACUGCGAAAUUCUCAAACUGCUUCUACGACAUGGAGCCAACCCUAAUUUAACGACGACACACUGUCCGCACACAGCCUUGCAGAUUGCAUGCCGGGAUGGCUCUCUGGAGCUAGUUGAACUACUUCUUGAAUACGGCGCGAAGGUUAACUUGGCUCCAGCAAAGGAGUUUGGUGCUACGGCUCUACAGUUUGCUGCUAUUGGCGGCUUUUUAGGCAUAGCGCAUCUUCUCCUGGAAAAGGGAGCUGAGGUCAAUGCAGCACCAGCGGAAGUCAAAGGACGCACGGCGUUGGAAGGUGCAGCAGAGCAUGGUAGGAUCGAUAUGGUGCAGCUGCUAGUGAACGCUGGGGCAGAUAUAUCUGAAUUAGGGCAAGGCCAAUAUGAGCGUGCCUUGCACAGGGCGUCGAUGAAUGGUCAUACUGCCACUGGAAGAUUGCUUAGGUCUUUCUUAUCGUAG